AUGAAUAAUACACCAGCAGAACAGUUAAAAAUAAUUUUUCCUGAGAAAAAAUGCGUUGUUCAAAUAAAUAAGUUAAGCGUUGAUGGUAGACAUUAUAGGUCUUUGGCGUUGCCAGAAAAAAAUGCAUUCAUAUACAUAUGUGGUUAUUUAAUAAGUAAUUGCUUAAAAAUUCAUUCUUGUGAUUCAUGUUUGGAAUAUGCUCGAUCUACAUCAGAACUUUCCAGUGAACACUUUUUCACCUACUUUAAGUCACAUCAACAGGAUUCAACUUCAAUAUUUUCUUCAUUAAUGACUCCAGAUUCAAAUUUUUGCCAGUAUGUGUAUCAAUUGGACCAAAUAUUCACUAAUAACUUUCAACAAUUGUUGCCAUUACCAAAAGUUGGAGAAAAAAUUAAAAAUUUGAUGAGUUUUGUAUAUUUUGAGCAUAAUUGUCCUCAGUUUCCCAAAUUUAUUUAUUGA